GAAUAAAAGAAGGAUAAUCAUGCUGUGAUGGGAUGCUGAAGCCCAGCUGAAAUCAAACUCGUAUUAUUCCUCGCCCUGUCUUUGGCUGCAUAUCCACUUCAACCCCCCCUCCUGUUCACUGUCAUUCGAUGGUGGCUCGUCUCCGCUCCAGCUCAUCGCGCCGUCCACUGCGUCCAGGGGGUGCCAACUCAUCCUCACAUUCUCUCCUCCUGUCUCCUCUCUGCCUCUGCUAGCCAUGGCAUCUCAUUCGCAUAGCCCGGUUCCUGCAGGCCACCUCCCCGGCAUUCCCACCCACUCGUCGGCCUCGUCGCCCACUUUGCGCUGCUGUUGUGGCCGCCCCGAGUGUACAUUCCUCGCCCACAACCAUCAGGCGCUGGAGGGCUUGGAGAAAGACCUUGAAACUGCUGCCAGACUUGGUCAGGCCCUACUACACCGCCAUGAGUCUUACAUGGUAGAAGCGGAGGAAGAUCGCCAACGCCUCCACUCUAACAUCGACCAGCUGGAACGUCAGAAGCGCCAAGUAGAAGAGGAAAAUGUCCGUAUCAUCGAAGAGAAUCGUGGCCUUCUCGAACAACUCGAAGGCCUUAAUAAGAACAUUGCCGACUCUGAUGCUCACUCCAAAUCUCUCACCGCUACCCUUGAAACUACAGAGGCUGAGCUCCGCAAAGUAACCGCUACUGCAGCUCGGGCGGCCGAUCUUGAGGCUCAACUCUCGGAAAUGGAGACAGAACAGUCCAAGCUGCAGGAUAACUUGCAGACUGCACAAAAUGACAACAAAUCUGCUGUGCAGCGCUGGAAGAAGGCCGAGUCGACCCUUCAAAGUCUUCAAGACCAAGUCGAGAAGAUGGAGAAGGAGACCCGCGAUGAGCAAGAGCGACACUCUGAGAUGGUUCAACGCAUGGAGCGCCGACGAGUCGUCGAACGUGAGCUCGACGGUGCUGCUGGCCGUCUCAAGGGUGCUGCCGCAGCUCAGGAGCUGGGUCGGAACCCCAAUGGAACCAACGUCGUGUCUCGCUUUGUUCGCGACAUUCUGCAAGACAACGCCAAUCUACAGAUGGGCAUUAUGGAGCUUCGGGAGAUGCUGGACAGCUCGAACCUAGAGGUACAGAACCUGCGGGAUCAGGUCCUGACGCACCAGCCCCUCGAUACCACCGAAGGCCAAGAAGGAAGAGCUCCCCAGUCUACGACUCUGAGUCAGGAACUCGAGUCCAGCGAGGCACGUCGCAUCUCGCAGGAGUACCACAUUCAUCACCACUACCACAGCUCGUCCGUUUCGGCUGGCUCCAAGCGCGAGCGGGUCUUUGGUCGUUCCAAGAAGAGACGCUCCUUGCUUGGAAGCCCGAUUAUCUUGCACUCUGCAUCGGGUACCCCACUUUCCCGCAAGUCCUUGCAUAACCACAACCCCUCGGCUUCGUCCAACUCCACGGUUCACUCUCAAGCCUCGGUUCCCCUGCCUACUGGUGCAGCUUCUCGCCGUUGGUCCUCGCAGUCGCCAGCCAUCGAUUCCCUGUCGAGCUCUCCCCAGUCGGGCUACCGGCCAGCGUCUAUCUUUGACCGAGUUGACCGGGGAUUUGAAUCUUCUCGGCCUACCAGCCCUGACAGCACCGUCUUCUCGUCUCCCUAUCUGGGAAAUCGACACAGGAAAUCAGAUGUUUCUGUCCUGCCAGGCCUAGCGCCGGAGGGUUUCGACCAGCCUGCCAACGAUGAGCUGCUCAAUCUGGACUACAGCCAUUUCGCUGAGCAGUACGAUGCUGAAUUUGGUGAUGGUGUUCCUGUGCAGCCUGCAAUUCCUGAAGAGAGUGAGGAAGUAUCCUCCAAAUGUGCGGAGCCAGAGUGUGGCCUUCAUCCAGCUGCCAAUGACGAUGUCUUUGCGUCUCCGUAUAGCGCUUCUUCUGCCCGCAAGUCCCCGUCUCACGACGAUCUCUUCUCCGUUGCAGGCAUGGACAUCCACACGCCCAGCAACCGUCCUUCGCGGAUGAGUCUUCUGCACCCGACCAUUCCAGUACGAUUCCCUCGCAAGAUCGCCUCGCCGAGUGUUGACAUGUCUUCCACCGUGCCGGUCUUCUCGUCCAAUACGGCCAUGGCUGAUGGGGAAAAUGGUCAGAAGAUCCCUGAGCGUUCGCCCCGGUCUUACCUCGCUUCUGUUUCUGUCGUGAGAACCAACCCCGAAGCCGACUCCUCAUCCACCGAGAACGAGCCCAUCGAAUCUACAACCCCGACUCGAAAAGUUUCGCUUGGUCGUCGUGUGGGAAGUUGGAUGCGUGGUCGGUGGGGCGCAUCCUCUGAAGAGCCUGAUGACAACACCAAGUCUCAGCCACAGAGGAUCAGCCCGGUUCCCAAGACUCCAGACUCUCCUGUAACUUCCGCCCCAAUUUCUUUUAGACCUCACUCUGCUGGUGCUGCUCAGAACAACUCAAAAGCUGAUUCGGCAUCGGGCUUGGUUUUCAGAUAUCCCGGCGUAAAUCAAAACGGUCCUAUCAAGGGAUUUCAUCCCCGAUCUCGGGCUCCCAGCGCCAUUCACGCAGAAGGGUUGGAUGAGGACUUGUUGCGAGAGUCUUUGGCCGAGUAGACCAGUUCUGGUCUUUUUUU